AUGAGCCGCUGGCCAGAACGCUGCCGCUUUUUGAGGAGGAUUUCCCGGCGAACCCUUGCCGACGAUUUCCUGAAAAAUGUGACUUAUGCCCUACUAGGUCUCGGUGACUCAACUACUCGACUUACCAGGCUCGGUGCCAAGAAGCUUAUUCCCACUGGAGAAGCCGACGACGAGAUUGCAGAACAACUGCUAAAGAAGCUUUGCGAGUUGGAUCAUAUUCCGAUCAGCCGCCUGGAAGGUCUGACGAUCUCAACCCCCCUAGUCAAGAAAGAAAAGGAAAAGAAAAGCGUUGCCGAAAAGCCAAAGUUGCCGGCCGUCAUGAGUACGGAAGACAAUCGAGCAGACAGUUCGGCGGAUCCUAUAUUGAAGCUAGCCCCCUAUACGUAUCCUGAUGAAAUUUCAUUGAUUCGCGGCAACGAAGCAUUAUCCUCCGAUGAGGCACUCCGUGUUCCGAUUGCUCCGUUGACGUACCUUGUCACUUCGCCCGGCUUGCAUGGAAAGCCGAUGGAUGCGACGGUGGUCGGGACGACGCUUCUCACCGAUUUUGAUGUACACAAACCCAAACGGGAGCUGAUCAUCGACCUCAAUGCGCAUUGGGAUCAAUUGAGCUAUUCUCCCGGCGACGCCUUCUAUUUCCUACAGCCAAACCCGGAAGCGGAAGUGAACUUUAUUCUCGAACGAAUGGGGCUUCUGAUGAUGGCGGAUCAAAAAUGUCACGUGGUGGUGGCAAGCGACGCGAAGAAGCCGAACGCGGCUGUACCCGGUUACAUUCCACCCAUCUCUUCUCUACGAUACAUCUUUACGCAUUGUUUGGACAUUCGAAGAGCGCCUGGCAGGCCGGUGUUGCGUGUCUUCGCUGACGCCACCUCCGAUGAAGGUGAAAAGAGACGCUUGCUCGAGCUCUGUUCCUCCCAGGGCAUGGCUGAAUUCACCGCCCAUGUUCGACAAGCGGCCGUCUCAAUCGUCGAUGUGCUGGCUGCAUUCCCGGGUGUUCGCCCCGCGCCAGAACGCUUGAUCGAACAACUGCCACGCUUGAUUCCACGGCCUUACAGCGUAUCGAAUUGCUACGAGCGCGCUCGGGGAAGGAUCCGUUUCGUGUAUUCAGAAAUGAAAUUUGGUGUUGCUGAUGGACGCCGGUACGAACGGCUCGGGCUCGCCACCGAAUGGUUAAACGCCUUGAGGGUUGGCGAGCAGAUUCAGGUCAUGAUGAAAGAACCAGCCAGAUUCCGAUUUCCGGUUCCACCUGCAACUGUAGAGGCCGGGCUCAAGAUGCCGCUUUUGAUGAUCGGGCCCGGCACUGGCGUCUCUACAUUCAUUUCAUUUUUGGAUUUAUUGCUACAUGAGAAAAUUAAGAGCGGUUCUCUACCGGCUGUUCCGAGGAAGCUUUUCUUCGGCUGCCGCAAUUUCGAGAAGGAUUUUAUCUACAAAGAUUUGCUCGAAUCCUAUGUUCGCGAAGCUAUUUUGGAUGAGCUGAUUGCCUGUGAAAGUCAACCAGCGAAACCCGUACCAGGCCGCCAUUGCUACGUCCAGGAAGCACUACGGCAGCGCGCUGAUGAGGUCUGGGACUUUAUUCAACUCGAGGAGUCCCGGAUUUUCAUCUGCGGCGAUGCAAAAGCGAUGAGUAAGGACACGUGGGAGUGUUUUGCAAAGAUAGUGGCAGAGAAGAAAGGCUGCUCAGACGCCGAAGCCAAGGCUUUCCUGCUCGAGCUUAAGAAAGUGAAUCGAUACAUUGAAGACGUUUGGGCC